AUUGAACUCCAUGGCAGUCGGGAAAUAUCUGCCGCCGGCGGAACUCACCGGAAGCGGCCGUCCUGUCCUUCACUCCGGCGAGGUCGAGUGUUCUCUCCUCUCCUCCGUCGACCUCCUCUCCGAAGAAAACCCUGACUUUCCCCAUCUCAGGUCUGGCCUCCUCAUCCUCACCACCCAUCGCCUCCUGUGGCUCCCUGACUCCAGUACUACCGCCGCCGCCGCCUUUGCAGUCCCACUUGCCGCCGUGUCCCACAUCUUCUCGACCAAAAAAUCAAUCAAAACCAUGUUCGCCAGUCCCAGAAUUCGCUUCCAGGUAUCGUCAACGCUGGAAGGGAGGGUGGAUGAGAGGGGUUUAAAGUCGGAGGUGAUUACAUUGGUGUUGAGGGGGAAGUCAGAUCCAGAUUCAUUUUUGGGGAAACUUUGGGAGGCUUGGAGGGGGAGGGCGUGGGAGGUGUCAGCUUCCGAGGGUCCAAGUGGGUCGGGAUUGGGUUCUGAGUCGGGGUAUGGUGGAUCAAGUGUAGCAGUGAGAAUGCCGGUGGUGGGGGUGGCAGGAAUUCUUAGAAAAGAACAGGAGAUGUGGGAGAGUACUGAUAAGAGCUUGCAAGAAGCUUUUCAGGACUUGAAUGCUCUCAUGAGUAAGGCUAAAGAGAUGGUGAUGCUAGCAGAGAAAAUGAGACUGAAACUUCUAUCAGGCUCAAAUAAUCAAAGCAGUUCGACAAAUGAUGAGGAGAUGGGUUCCAAAGAAGAAAUGCAAGAUUGGUUAUUGAGUGUUGGUAUUGUGUCCCCAGUUACGAAAGAAUCCGCUGGUGCUUUGUAUCACCAGCAGUUAUCUCGUCAGCUCUUAGUCUGUGCUCUACUGGUCUUUGUGACAUCAGUCGGUGGUAGCCGGUCCUCUCCUUUCCUGCAAUACCUCUUCCCUACUAGCUUCUUUGAAAUUUCUCUAUUCCAAUUGUUGCUUGAUUUUCUUAAGCUAAUUGCAUUCCGGUUUGAGGGAGAGAUUACUCUGAUUGAUUUGCGGCUCUUUUUUUCCUUGGCACUUUAG